AACCGGCAUCUCUCCCUUACAGAGACUCAGGCAGAGGGGACAAUUCUAAUGGAGUCUGCUUGGCACCCCAAAAUAAAAUAAUACAUCUCAGCUCUCGGCCCCUCCUCCUUCCCCCGCCCCCUCCCGCCCCCUCGAACCCGGGUGAGAUGGUGGGGUUCUUCUUGAGGAGACACUGGUGAGAAGUCGCAGUGGUUGGACAGGCGCAGGGGGGGAAGACUACCUCCACCAACAUUCCCCUCCCCCCUUUUCUCUCUGGGAGGAGGAGGAGGAGGGGAAGGGGGGCUGCAGUGCAAGCGAUGGAUGAGGAAAACAUGACGAAAAGCGAAGAGCAACCUCUGAGUUUGCAAAAAGCCUUACAGCAGUGCGAGUUGGUCCAAAACAUGAUAGAUUUGAGCAUCUCCAACCUGGAAGGGCUUAGGACCAAAUGUGCUACCUCCAACGACCUCACACAGAAAGAAAUCCGGACCCUGGAGAGCAAGCUGGUCAAGUACUUCAGCCGGCAGCUGUCCUGCAAGAAGAAGGUGGCCCUGCAGGAGCGCAACGCCGAGCUGGACGGCUUCCCCCAGCUGCGACACUGGUUCCGCAUCGUGGACGUGCGCAAGGAGGUCCUGGAGGAGAUCUCUCCCGGCCAGCUGAGCCUGGAGGACCUGCUGGAAAUGACAGAUGAGCAGGUGUGUGAGACCGUGGAGAAGUACGGAGUCAACCGCGAGGAGUGCGCCCGCCUCAACGCCUCGCUGUCCUGCCUCCGGCACGUGCAGCUGUCAGGAGGCAACCUUUCCAAACAAGAUUGGACCAUCCAGUGGCCCACCACGGAGACAGGGAAGGAAAACAAUCCUGCGUGUACUCCGGAGCCCACUCCGUGGAUCCGCACCCAUCUUUCCCAGAGCCCCAGGGUCCCAUCCAAGUGUGUCCAGCACUACUGUCACACCAGCCCCACACCUGGGGCCCCUGUCUAUACCCAUGUGGACAGGCUCACUGUGGAUGCCUACCCAGGCCUCUGCCCGCCACCGCCAUUGGAAUCAGGCCACCGUUCCCUACCACCAUCACCACGACAGCGGCACACAGUCCGCACCCCACCUCGCACCCCCAAUAUUGUCACCACCGUGACCCCACCUGGCACACCACCCAUGAGGCGGAAGAACAAGCUGAAGCCACCAGGAACACCACCACCCUCCUCCCGGAAGCUGAUCCACUUGAUCCCAGGGUUCACGGCCCUGCACCGGAGCAAAUCCCAUGAGUUCCAGCUGGGUAACCGCGUGGAUGAGGCCCACACACCCAAAGCCAAAAAGAAGAGCAAACCUUUGAACCUGAAGAUCCACAGCAGUGUGGGCAGCUGCGAGAACAUCCCCUCCCAGCAGCGCUCCCCACUCCUGUCUGAGCGCUCGCUGCGUUCCUUCUUUGUGGGACAUGCGCCGUUCCUGCCCUCCACCCCUCCCGUCCAUACCGAGGCCAACUUCUCUGCAAACACGCUGUCCGUGCCACGCUGGUCCCCACAGAUCCCUCGCCGAGACCUUGGCAACUCCAUCAAGCACAGGUUCUCCACCAAGUACUGGAUGUCUCAGACAUGCACAGUCUGUGGCAAAGGGAUGCUUUUUGGCCUCAAGUGUAAAAACUGCAAGUUAAAGUGCCACAAUAAAUGCACCAAAGAAGCCCCUCCCUGUCACCUCCUGAUCAUCCACCGAGGAGGUAAUGAUACUUAAACUCUCACCUUGUUGUCUUUUACCCCUACGGAUCCAGCAAGGUUAGUCCGAACAGAGUCAGUCCCAUGUGACAUCAACAACCCUCUGAGGAAGCCACCCCGGUAUUCAGACCUGCACAUCAGCCAGACGCUCCCCAAAACCAACAAAAUCAACAAGGACCACAUCCCCGUCCCCUACCAGCCGGAUUCCAGCAGCAACCCCUCUUCCACGACGUCCUCCACGCCCUCCUCGCCGGCACCUCCCCUCCCUCCCAGUGCCACGCCGCCUUCUCCCAUGCACCCCUCCCCACAGUGCACGAGGCAGCAGAAGAACUUCAACCUGCCAGCAUCCCACUACUACAAAUUCAAGCAGCAGUUCAUCUUCCCAGAUGUGGUGCCAGUGCCAGAGACGCCAACCCGGGCACCCCAGGUCAUCCUGCAUCCGGUGACCUCCAAUCCAAUCUUGGAAGGAAAUCCAUUACUUCAAAUUGAAGUGGAGCCAACUUCAGAGAAUGAAGAGGGCCAUGAUGAAGCCGAGGAAUCAGAGGACGACUUUGAGGAGAUGAACCUGUCUCUCCUCUCUGCCCGGAGCUUCCCGCGCAAGGCCAGCCAGACCAGCAUAUUCCUACAGGAGUGGGACAUUCCCUUUGAGCAGCUGGAGAUCGGCGAGCUCAUCGGAAAAGGCCGCUUUGGGCAGGUGUACCACGGCCGCUGGCAUGGCGAGGUGGCCAUCCGGCUGAUCGACAUCGAGAGGGACAACGAGGACCAGCUAAAGGCCUUCAAGCGGGAGGUGAUGGCCUACAGGCAGACACGGCACGAGAACGUAGUGUUGUUCAUGGGCGCCUGCAUGAGCCCGCCGCACCUGGCGAUCAUCACCAGCCUCUGUAAGGGAAGGACACUCUAUUCUGUGGUGAGGGAUGCCAAGAUCGUCUUGGAUGUCAACAAAACCAGACAGAUUGCCCAAGAAAUUGUGAAGGGUAUGGGCUAUCUUCACGCCAAGGGAAUCCUUCACAAGGACCUCAAAUCAAAGAAUGUUUUCUACGACAAUGGCAAAGUUGUCAUCACUGACUUUGGGCUCUUCAGCAUUUCCGGGGUGCUGCAGGCUGGCAGGCGGGAGGACAAACUGCGCAUCCAGAACGGCUGGCUGUGCCACCUGGCACCGGAGAUCAUCCGCCAGCUGUCCCCGGACACUGAGGAAGACAAGCUCCCCUUCUCCAAGCACUCGGACGUCUUUGCACUUGGUACAAUCUGGUAUGAGCUCCACGCCAGGGAGUGGCCUUUCAAGACUCAACCAGCAGAGGCAAUAAUCUGGCAAAUGGGUACAGGCAUGAAGCCCAACCUCAGCCAAAUCGGCAUGGGAAAAGAAAUCUCGGACAUCCUUCUCUUCUGCUGGGCCUUUGAACAGGAAGAGAGACCCAGCUUCACCAAGCUCAUGGACAUGCUGGAGAAGCUGCCGAAGCGGAACCGCCGCCUGUCUCACCCCGGGCACUUCUGGAAGUCUGCAGAGUAG